GGCGCGACCCUUCCCGGCGUGCUCAGCGCCGGCUCAUGGCGGCGGCGGCGCCGGGACGGUUUUAAAUUGAAGAGAAAAUGUCACUUUACGAUGACUUGGGGGUUGAGACCAGCGAUUCCAAAACUGAAGGCUGGUCCAAGAAUUUCAAACUGCUGCAGUCUCAGCUGCAGGUGAAGAAAGCAGCUCUCACACAAGCAAAGAGUCAGAGAACAAAACAAACCACAGUCCUUGCUCCAGUGAUUGACCUGAAACGAGGCAGCUCCUCUGAUGAGAGACAGAUCGUGGACACACCCCCUCAUGUAGCAGCUGGGCUCAAGGAUCCUGUCCCUAGUGGUUUUUCUGCAGGAGAUGUGUUGAUUCCCCUGGCAGAUGAGUAUGAUCCCAUGUUCCCAAAUGACUACGAAAAGGUGGUGAAACGUCAGAGGGAGGAACGGCAGCGGCAGCGGGAGCUGGAGAGGCAGAAGGAGAUUGAAGAGAGAGAAAAAAGGCGUAAAGACAGACAUGAAGCCAGUGGGUUUUCAAGACGACCAGACCCAGAUUCUGAUGAAGAUGAAGAUUAUGAAAGGGAGAGACGGAAAAGAAGUAUGGGAGGAGCUGCCAUUGCACCACCCACUUCUCUUGUGGAGAAGGACAAAGAACCUGUAGCAUCAUUCCCAUAUGAGGAAGAGUCAAGACCUCGAGCACCUUCUUCCAAAGCAGCAAUUCCUCCCCCAGUGUAUGAUGAGCCAGAGAGACCUCGUUCCCCCACAGGACCCAGCAACUCCUUCCUUGCCAACAUGGGGGGGACAGUAGCUCACAAAAUCAUGCAGAAGUAUGGAUUCAGAGAGGGCCAGGGGCUGGGCAAACAUGAACAGGGGCUCAGCACAGCACUGUCAGUAGAGAAAACAAGCAAGAGGGGUGGCAAGAUCAUUGUUGGUGAAUCUACAGAGAAAGAAACGGGCAAGAAGGCAGAUUCCAACCCCUUAACUGAGAUCCUGAAAUGCCCAACUAAAGUGGUCUUACUGAGGAACAUGGUUGGUGCUGGGGAGGUGGAUGAAGACCUUGAAGUUGAAACUAAGGAGGAAUGUGAGAAGUAUGGCAAGGUUGGGAAAUGUGUCAUCUUUGAGAUCCCUGGUGCCCCUGAUGAUGAAGCUGUAAGAAUAUUUCUAGAGUUUGAACGGGUUGAAUCUGCCAUCAAAGCUGUUGUGGAUCUAAAUGGAAGAUAUUUUGGAGGCAGAGUGGUGAAGGCUUGUUUCUACAACCUGGACAAGUUCAGAGUGCUGGAUCUGGCGGAGCAAGUUUGAUUUUAAAAAUCUAGCUCGAGGUGUCAUUGUUUUGGCAAUCAGGUUUUCAGCAGUAGGCUGGGAAUUCAGAAGAGAAAAGUAGCUUUCCUAGCAGACUGGAAACAGGCCUCAUUGAAUGGAUUUUACACAUUCGUUGUGACUUAUGGUUUUUUGUAAUAUAAAGCCCUUUGAAAGUAA